AUGGUCGGCUGUUGGGUGCGGCAGUGUAGCAAACAAGCAGAUAGGGGGGGUGGCUUGCCUUACAGAAUGGGAAACACUCCGGGGACCGCACGAGCACAGCAAGGCACCCUCCAGGACAGUGAGUGCCUUGCCCUGCAAGCCGCCUUGCUGAAAUCCGCGCCGCGUCUGCCAAAUGGCGCGGUGCUGCUGCCGUGGCUCCUCGACGGGUUGCAUGCACGCACAGGCUUGACAGGGACCCCCAUCGAGGACGGCGGUUUGUGUGGCAUUGCUCAGACGAACCCAGCCUCGCACGGCGGCACACGCGCAGGCGUUCGAACGGGCGCUCGCAGAGGCCCACUGCUUGUGCGAGCCGCGAGGGACAGCCAGUAG